CGUUUUCUGCGCAUUUUCCGGUUGCUAGGCUAAUGCCCAUCAGACGAAGUUUCUCUCCAACUGUAGGAAACGUGUCAAGUCCCCUGGUGAGUAGCAGUUUUCCCUUGAGCACGGAGGGGUCUGAGUGAAGGCUGAAAGAUGGUCUGAUGGACCGCCGCUUCUUCCUGACCUUCCUCCUCUGCUCGGUGUCGUGGAUCUUCUUCUGGGAAGUGCGCUGGAAGAAAGGAAAAGAGAGUCAAAUUGAGGAAUGGCUCCAAGGACAUAGCCUCUCUCAGUACAGGCACUUAUUUGAAGAUGUACAUUCACUGGAGGAACUGAGUCUGAGUGUACUAAGUCGUCUGGAAGAGGUGGUGAAGGAACAGCAGCGCUGGAGGGAAAUUGAGGAGGCCCACAUCCAGCUGCUCCGAGACUUUGCCUUCCAGGAGUGGCUUUGCUCCCAGAAAUUGGAGCACUAUUACCAUACACUGAAGACCUUGCGUUGUAUGAACCUAGAUGAUCUGUCUCAGUUCGACAAUCAGCUGCAGCUCUCUUUAGCUGCCUGGGGAUACUACUACGAGGACUACAUCAAGCUGUCUACUGGCAUCAAGAUCCUCCAGAACUCCAGGGGGAGUCGUGACCAGGACUACGAGAUCCGGCUGGUACACAGCCUGUCUGUGAGGCGUCUGAAUGAGAAGUGGACAAUUGAGGGAGCUCUCAUAUUUGGCUGUACUGUGGCGCUCUGCUUCUUGAUAAGGGACCUGAUGUUUUACGUGAUUGGUGGAAUUACUGUUUCCAUCAUAGCGUUUGUCUUCACCAUUAAGUUCCUCUGUGAACUUGCAGCGAGGGUUGUCAGCUUCCUGCAGAAUGAGGAUCCAGGGCGACGCGGCGACCGCAGCAUCUACGACUAUGUCCGGGGCAACUACCUGGACCCCCGUUCCUGCAAGGUGUCUUGGGAUUGGAAGGAACCGCAGGAAGUGGGCCAGACUAUGAGCUUUAGAGUCCAGCUUUUCUAUAAGAAUGGCCAGCCUUUUCCCGCCCACCGGCCUGUAGGGCUGAGGGUCAACAUCACCCACAUCGAAUUGGCUCUGGACAUCCCUGUGACGCAGGAAGUUCUGCAGGAACCAGAGUCCAACGUAGUCAAAGUUGCCUUCACUGUGCGCAAAGCCGGGCGCUACGAGGUUGCUGUCAAGCUGGGUGGCCUCAACGUGGCCUACAGCCCUUAUUACAAGAUUUUUCAACCAGGAACAGUUGUCCCAUCAAAAACCAAGAUAGCCUACCAUUUCUCCACCCUGGUGCUAACUAAUGGCCAGCAGCACACUUUGCAAAUUGAGCCGAGGGACGAGUAUGGAAACCCCACCAGUAACUCUGCAUCUCUCACUGAUGAAACCAACUACAGCGUCCACGUGCACUCUCUGGGCACGGGGGAUGACGACAGUCUGGAGGAGUACUACAGUAAGUCAGUGACCCUCAACAAGCAGCAGUGCCAGGUUCUGCUGAAACUCACCCUAAGGAAGACGGGCUGCUUCAGGGCCCGCAUCUCCUACACAGACCAGCCGCUCAGCAACGGGGAGUUUGAUAUUAUUGUUCUCAGUGAGAAUGAGAAGGCCUGUGUGGAGAAGAAUGUGUCCACUCCAGGCAUUAGCAUCUACUUUGAAGCGUACCUUUACAGCAAUGGGAACUACAGUUCCUCAUGGCAGUUUCCCGCCUCCUCUCUGCUGGCCCCCCAGAGGAGGCCCUCCAUGGGAGAAGAGGAGGAUGAGCAUGACUCUCCUGUGGAGGGACAACCUGAGAAGGUCAAGAAACCAAAAAAGGUCUACUGCUACAUAUCGCCAAAGCAAUUAUCCGUGAAAGAGUUCUACCUGAAAAUUAUUCCAUGGCGCCUUUUCACCUUCCGAGUAUGUCCAGGAACGAAGUUUACCUAUUUUGGUCCUGACCCCGUUCACAAGUAUCUAACUCUUGUGGUGGAUGAUGGGAUACAGCCUCCUGUGGAGCUCAGCUGCAAAGACAGGAACAUCAUGGCUGCCACCUUCAUUCGCUUCCUGCACAAGAACAUCGGUGGAUCUGAAACGUUCCAAGACAAGGUGAACUUCUUUCAACGUGAACUCAGGCAAAUCCACGCAAAGAGACCUCGCACCAAGACCUGCCUCAAAAUCACUCGGCACACUAUUCUAGACUCGUCCCUGAAGGCUACCAGGAACUUCUCUGUGUCCGACUGGAGUAAGAACUUUGAGGUCGCGUUCCAGGAUGAGGAAGCUCUGGACUGGGGAGGCCCUCGCAGGGAGUGGUUUGAGCUGGUGUGUAAGACCCUCUUUGACACCUCCAACCAGCUGUUCACUCGCUUCAGUGACAACAACCAGGGCCUGGUGCACCCUAACGCUGAGCGGCAGGCCCACCAGCGUCUGAAGAUGUAUGAGUUUGCUGGUCGUGUCGUGGGGAAGUGCCUGUAUGAGUCCGCUCUGGGGGGGGCCUACAAACAGCUGGUCCGGGCUCGCUUUACCCGCUCCUUCCUGGCCCAGAUCAUCGGCCUCAGGAUGAACUACAAGUACUUCGAGACGGAUGACCAGGAGUUCUACAAAGCCAAGGUCUGCUUCAUCCUAAACAAUGACGUGAGCGACAUGGACUUGGUGUUUGCCGAGGAGAAGUACAGCAAGUCGGGACAGCUGGAGAAGGUGGUGGAGCUGAUAUCCGGGGGAUCUCAGAUCGAUGUGACCAAUGAAAACAAGGUGCAUUAUCUAAACCUGCUGGCCCAGUACAGACUCGCCAGCCAGGUGAGAGAGGAGGUGGAACACUUCCUGAAAGGUCUGAAUGAACUGGUUCCAGAAAAUCUGCUAGCCAUAUUUGAUGAGAAUGAGUUGGAGCUUUUGAUGUGUGGCACCGGAGACAUAAACGUGCUGGACUUCAAGGCCCACGCUGUGAUUGUCGGAGGGUCGUGGCACUUCAGAGAGAAAGUGAUGAAGUGGUUCUGGGCCGUGGUGUCCAGCUUCACCCAGGAGGAGUUGGCCCGUCUGCUGCAGUUCACCACCGGCUCCUCUCAGCUCCCCCCCGGGGGAUUCAACACCCUCUGCCCCUCUUUCCAGAUCAUCGCUGCCCCCACACACAGCACCUUGCCCACUGCACACACAUGUUUUAACCAGCUGUGCCUCCCGACGUACGACUCUUAUGAGGAACUGCACAAGUUGUUGAAGCUGGCCAUCAGUGAGGGCAGCGAGGGCUUCGGCAUGCUCUGACUCUCCAUCCAGAGGACACCACCGUGCACACUUCAGUGCAACGGUUUCCUGCUUUCAUUUGCAUUAACAGUGGGCAUCUUGGCAGAGCAUCACCCUCUCCCUAUCAGUACUCUCUCAGGAGGAGAGGGCAUUACGGGAAGUCCCAGAAGGCUUUCCCGAAACUGGAACUCAGUCAUUUGAACUCAAGUACUACUUUUAUGUAUAUAAAAUAUCUCGCUUUUGUAAAAAAAGGAAACCAGGACCUGCUGGAAAAGGUCAGGUUUUGGCUAAAGUUUGCUUAGUUUUAUAUGUUUGAAAGACAAAUAAUUCUAGUGCAAAGGCCUUGAGUAUUACAUCAUAAAUGCUUCUUUUGCAUUUUUCAAACUGAGGAACACUUAAGUGCAACAGCGGGCUACAUGUGAUGCGGGUGCCGCGCGCACCUACAGCACUUUGGCCUUAAUCGAUCAGGGACUGAUGUGUGUUUGUAAAUAUAUAAUAUCACUCUUUUAUUCCAAUACUUGUACAUAGUAGUGUGUAUACAUAGGUUUUCAUCUCGUUACCUCUUUGGUUUAAAGUUCAAGGAGAAGGGAAUCACUUUAUUGGUGCACGUUUGAUGGGUUGAGAGUUUAUUUCAUUUCUUUUUUCAUCUGAGAAAGAAUGGGUUUUAAAAGAAGCCAAGUAAUUUCUAUUGUUUAUACAUGUUUUUAACUUAUUGUGUCUUUAAAAUAAUAUUCGGGUUGACCCAUUGUUUAAAAUAUGUUUGCCUGGA